AUGGCGGUGGACGACAACGAGCUGGCGAGAGCGGGGUGGGACACAGCGGACGAGAUGCGGGUGGGUGCCUGGUGCCUGGUCGACGAGCUGCAUCCAGGCACCGUCGCCUUUGUGGGCUCCAUCGUGGAGGCCGAGGGGACAUGGGUUGGCGUCACGCUCGAUGCUCCGCUCGGCGAUCUGGUCCAAGGGCCGAUUCGGUACUUUGCAUUCAAGAAAGGCUAUGGCAUGAUGGUCCACCCGGCCCGUGUCCGCAUUGUGCCCAAGCCCAUGUCGCAGAGCGCGCGCGCCGAGCUCGAGCGUGAAGCCCGUGCAGCGGCUGCCCGCCGCCGUCGCCUCCGUCGACGGUCAUCGCGCUCGCCACCACCAUCAUCGCCCGCCCUCAAGCUCGACUCGCAGGAGGCCAUGCACGAUCUGGUCGAGGCAGAGAAGGUGGCCAAGCUCGCCCGCCGCGCCCGCCUCCGCUUCCCCAUCGGGACCCGCGUCGUGGUCAACGGCACCCAUUCGGGUGAGGUCUGCUUUAUCGGUGCCACAGAGUUUGCCCACGGCCUCUGGUUCGGCAUCCACCUGGACGAGCCCGGAGAGGGCAACUGUGACGGCUCGAUCAAUGGCGUUGACUACUUUGACUCGGAGCCCGACACCGCCGUCUUUGUCCGCAAGGCUGCGCUCGUCCGCAUUGCCUCCGCCCCGCUCCGCCGCACCGUCGUGUGA